UCUAGUAAACACAUUAAUUUUUAAAAAUAAUCAAUUAAGCAUUUUCUAAAAACAAAAUCUGUAUACAAAUAGGCAAAAGAAAUGCAAGAAUUGACACUAUAAGCUAAGUGAAAAGUUGCAAAUGGAAGGUAGUGUUUUAGUUAGUGGCUCUCCGGGCAUAAAUUUAGCACCAAUUGAUACAUUAAACACCAAUGGCAAUGCUGUUGUUCCAACAACAUCAAGUCCCCAGGAAAAUAAGUCCAUCAUUGUUAAACCUGGAGGCUCCAAUGAUGAGAAGGCUCCAGACAGUUCUGACAAUAUAUCUCAAAAAACAAGAGGACCCAAAGGGAAAAAGAGGAAGAAACCAAAGGAUAGUACAGCCCCACGGCAUCCAUUAACAGGAUAUGUCAGGUUCCUCAAUGAUAGGAGGGAAUCAGUCAGAACUGAGAAUCCCACAUUACCAUUUGCAGAAAUAACCAAAAUUUUAGCCAGUGAGUGGAGCAAUUUACCAGCUGACCAGAAGCAGCAAUAUUUGGAUGCAGCUGAACAGGAUAGGGAAAGGUACACUAGAGAGUACAAUGCUUAUAAGCAAACUGAUGCUUAUAAACAGUUUACACAGCAGCAAAAUGAAAAGAAGAUGAAAGAGCAGAAAGAUGACAAACCAAUGCAGAUGCAACCAGUGACUAUUCCAAAAGAAAAGGAGUUACAGAAUAACAAUGAUUUGGACUUUUCAUCGAAUUUUGAUAUACCCAUUUUCACUGAGGAGUUUUUGGAUCACAACAAAUUGCGUGAUGCAGAAUUGAGACAACUCAGGAAAUCUAAUACAGACUAUGAACAGCAGAACUCUAUAUUGCAUAAGCAUAUUGAAAACAUGAAAGUAGGCAUUGAAAAACUGGAAAAUGAGAUUAUGCAACAGAAGAAAAACAACAAUUCUUUGCAGCUACAUUUGGAACAUUUGAGAACUACACUGACAACUGGUUUUUCUAGUGUGAAAUUGCCUGGUGUAAAGGAGGCAGCUUCCAUUCAAACCAUUGAUAACUACAUGUCGAAUUUGCAUUCGAUAUUGUUAGAGAACAGCAGCCACGAUGCAAAUUUGCUGCAAACCGUGAGGGACAUUGUUGGAAGAUUGGAGUUCAAUGGAUGACAGACGCGAUUCAAAAGGGUUGUGAGACGCAAAGAGUUCUUCGAGUAAUCGAUUUUUUGCAAAAACAACACAUUAAUUGAUUUCGGAUUUAUGUGAUUCUUAUAAUUGCAAUUUUCUUUACUCGUAUAACGUAUUUAUACUGAAAAUCGACUUGUAUUGAUUUCAUUCCUUUUUUUUUAAAUUGACGUUGAAAUUCUUAAUCAAUAAAACAGGAAAAUAAAACAAUACACUAUAAUAUUACCAAAUGUAUGUAAUACGUUUGCUCCUGCAAUUGAGGAGACAACGUGUAUUUUAUGAAAUAAGUACAUUUUAAAUAGAUUGAACUAAAACAAUAUAUCAUCAAUAUAUGUGUAUUAAUUAUAUAAAGUCAAAACAGAUAUGAGAAACGAGAAUAAAAGAAAAUAUGGUAAAUACAGAUCAAAUUCAUAGCUGCAAUUAUAGCUUGUAUGAAAAUAAGAGAUCUCAAUAUGGAAAAAUAACUAAUAGCAGUUUUCGGCAAAAACUUUAAAGUAAUCUAACUAUAUAUAAUAUAUUAUGUAAUCAUCUAUAUGACGAAAUAAAUACAUUUCUAAUGG